AUGCGCGAUCACAUUGUUCCAAUGAGCUCGGAAUUCCAGGAUCUCGCGCCUAAUGCCCAACCUUCUCCAGCCAACGAAGCUACGACCAAAGUGUCCGAAGGGUUAUCGGGCCCCUCACACAUCCGCAGCUGUCUAUUUUGUCGAUCUCGCAAAGUAAAAUGCGAUCGUCAGAAGCCAUGUGCCAACUGUCUACGUACAGGGGCAGAAUGUAUCUACCCAUCAGGCCCAGGUCGAGCUCCAAAGCGACCACGUCGACCCUUUGACAAGCGUGUGCUCGACAGGUUGGCAGAUCUCGAGGCGCUGGUGAGACGCCUGGACACUACAGAGGCAGGCAGCCAGCUAGCAAGCGGCUCACCACAGGAAUCCCCUGCCCAUUCGGCAACAGAAUCGGAAGAUCAGUCGAGUCAGAUAGAACAGCAGUUCGGUCGGCUUGUGAUCGAUAACACACGAAGUUGCUACGUGAGCAACAUUUUAUGGGCAAAUUUAGGCGAUGAGAUCGAAGAGCUGCGCGAUUUACUAUACGAGCCAGCGUCAGAGGACGAAGACUUCGAUGCGGCCGCGGCCUCGUCUGCCGACACCACAACCUCGCUCGGCUGUAAUGCAGCGAUAAUGGGAUUUCAAGCGCUUGCACAGUCCUUGCGGGCGUAUCAUCCACCGCUAUCCCAAUCAGUGGCACUUUUUGAGAUAUUCAAACACAGUGUUGCUCCACUAGUGCACAUUUUCCACAUGCCAACUCUGGUCGCAUCUUACUGGGAUGCCGUGGCAUCGCCCGAAUAUUUAAACCGCAAUACCGAGGCAUUGCUAUUCGCUAUGUAUUACUCAGCCGUGAUUAGUAUGGAGUCACAACAAUGCGAAGAGGUUCUAGGCUUCUCGCGAGCCGCAGCAGUCAAACAUUACCAAUUCGCAGUGGAACAGGCUAUGGCUCGCGCCAAUCUCCUCAACACUCAAAGUGUGGUUCUAAUCCAAGCGGUAGUUCUCUUUUUAUCAGCAUUACGCAAUGAGGAUGCCUCUCGAACCGCCUGGUCUAUGACCGCACUUAUCUUCCACAUCGCGCGAGCUAUGGGCCUACACAGAGAUGGAGCCUCGUUUGGCCUUCGGCCCCUAGAGACCGAAAUACGGCGACGUCUUUGGUGGCAUAUAUGCUUACUAGAUAUCCGAUCUUCUGAAUACCAUGGCUGUGAGCCUAUCGUGCACGAGUCUAUGUUCGAUACCCGGAUGCCAUUGAAUAUCAACGACAGCGAUCUAGCGCCUGAUAUGACUGUACCUCCUACCGAGCGGGAAGAAUCCACGGAGAUGACCUUUUGCCUUAUUCGAUGUGAGGUUAUGCGUAUUGUGUGGAAAACCGGUUAUGUGCCGCCCGCUAUGCGACGACCUGGUCAACCAGCAGAGGGACUGACCCUUGCUGAGCGUGCUUCUUUAGCAAAAGAUCUCCAGCAACGGCUCGAGGAACGCUAUCUCAAGUACUGCGAUACUUCGAGUCCUUUUUUCCAGGCUUGUGCGGCUGUCGCGCGCCUGACUAUUGCGCGAACUUGGCUGGUGGUCUACUAUCCACUUCGACAGAAGGAUGAUGGGUCAAAUUUGCCUAGUCCAAUUAGAGACCAACUGUUCACUAUCUCACUUAAGGUUCUCGAGCUGUCAUGCGAGUUGCUCACUAGUCCUGCCCUUUCGCAGUGGACAUGGCACUCUAAGACCCACGUUCAAUGGCAUGCAGUUGCCUUUGUACUAUCUGAAAUAUGCUCACGUCCCCCGUCGCAGGAUUGUGAUCGGGGUUGGGAGUAUACCCGAACCGUAUACAAUCGGUGGAAGAUGAAAGAUAACAAAGGCAAUCUCUGGCGUCCCAUCAAUCGGCUAAUGGCCAAGGCACAAUACGUACGCGAGAUCCAAAAGAAAGAAAAUAAAUCACCUCCAACGCCCCUCUGGCGAGUAGCAGGGACAACCACGGCAUUUCCUAGCCAUUCUUCUCCACAGCCCUGCACGAGUAAUAGUUCGGGCGCGAAGGCUACUGUGAGUCCUGGGAGUGUCAGUGACACCACUGCAGGCCUCAUUGAUCGAAAUUGGGCUCUAUCGGAGGAGUCGCUUGAACCGUUUCUGGAGAAUUUGAACACAUUCGAUUGGCCUGACCCGGGUCUAGAAUAUGCAAACUAUUUAGGCACCGACUACACCAUGCCGAGUUUUGAUGGGAGCCCUAUGGAUAUGGCGCUUGGAAUUAUGCCAUGA